GGGUCAUGAGAGGAGACUGUUUCAACUGAGGGACCGUCUUCAUGCUUCAAUCUAGCCUUCGUCGCGUCCUGAAGCUACGUUUUACCACACAAAGAUUGGCGCCAUUUUGCUGUUCCAUCGCCAAUCCAUCAUACACUCACAGUUUGAGCUCCCAGAGUCACACAAGUUCACGCAAUAAAACAUGGGACGGUCAUCUCAGCAACAUCCAAAAACCCGCUCGACGCGUGUUUCGAUCCCGUGUCAAUGGGCUUCUGCGCUCUAUAGACAGUCGCAUUCUCGCAAAGGGCCCUGACGACGUAGAAACCUACAUCCAUGACAAAAUUUCCGUGACGAAAUUUGACAAUGUAUACCGCUCGACGAUGUUCAACCGACUUAUCCAUUUCUUGCUUGAAAGGCACCUUUUCAAGCUAGCCAUCUCAGUCUACAAGAGAAUGCUCCAAGAGCAGUUCUUUCCCAGCCGUAACAUUAGCUUGAAAGUGACGGCGAUGACAGAAAUCUUGGAUGAUAUGGCCGACGCAUUCAUCUCUAUCCGCAACGUUGACCUCUCUGCGUCCGGAAAUCUGGUCAGCGUCACGGUAACCGCAUGUAUGCGCGCAGGGCAAAUGGACGCUGCAGAACGUUGGCUGAAGAAGUAUGAGAGCGACUGCAUGGAGCAGGGUGUAGCCCCCGAUGCAGCUCCUUACGCGGGCAUACUGGAGACAUUGCAGGAAAUCCAACCCGAAAACUCCGGAGCUGUUCAGGCCACGCUGUACCGCAUGCGCUCAGAGGGUGUCACGCCUAAUAUAUCAGUUUUCAACGCGCUUAUUCGCUCUAGCCUCACCCGUCGAGAAUACACCGAGGCCUUUGGGCUCUAUCACGCAAUCAUGACCAACCGUUCUGCUUCCCUCUUGCCCAGCGACCUCACUUUCAAGAAACUAUUCCGUGCAUCUAAAUUCUUGAGUCACAAACGUUCACGGAAACACAAGCGCCCGGAAAACGCUGUCCCUCCGCGCCAAUUGUUUCGGGAUAUGGUCCAAUGCCAUCUUCUGCGCACCGGGAAUACUCCCCUGGCGCACUCCAACAUAGUUUCAGUGUCCUGCCUACACCUUGCACUGCGGACCUUCAUGGCUCUUGAGGAUUAUCCCGCUGCUAUCAUGACGCUCCGCGGAUUCGACUACUUUGGGUUCCGGCCAAAUUUACAAACCUAUUUGAUUGUCAUCACCAGUAUCGUACUGCGCAUAAAACAGGAGCUGGGACACGUCUGCACGACUGACCAGCACCGCUUCGCAGAUUUCGUCAUGCACAUGAAGCCUCGGGAGCCCCCCGACAUCGACGUGCUGGAGCGGAGGAUUCAACGUGGAGAAUCUGUAGUAGAAUUAUCUGGUCCUACUUGCGUUGGCCCUGAAACAGUCACACACCUCCUCAGCCUCGGGGAGCCAACCACCCCGUCCCAGUCUGAGACAGCGCAUACCGGGCGCAGACGACUGCCCACGUCUAUCAUCCCUACCGUCGAUAUGCUCGUAGGAACCACUCCCCCCUCACCUUUCCAAGAACUUUCGCUCAUACCGCUUGCGAGACUGCUAAGAAAAAUGAUGUUCGUGAGUCUUUGUAAGAAAGCUGCGGGUGGCAAGAGGGAAGGCUGGGAUUGGAAAGCGGCAGUGGGCCCCAUAUUAACGAGCGCGAAAGAGGACAUCAAAGGGAAGACGGAGAAGGACAUGUUGGAGCGAGGGGAUCGCUUGCCGUCCUCGGCCUCGAGGGUGAGAAGGAUGGUUAGGAAGCAGACCCUUCACUCAUUGGGGUGCAGAGACUGAUAGAGCUGUAUACUUGAUCCGUGGGCGUUUCGUGUAACAUGCUAAUACACGCAUCCAGUCCUGCGGACGAUUGGGAGUGAACAAAUGAUGAGUUGGGUUUGGCUAGGGGAGGACAAAGACGUCGAAUCCGGAGGAGCGGUGACGCUGUAGUUGUGAAGGUGCGCGAGUCCUAGAACACUUGCAAUGUGCAAAUUUAUAGGUAGUGCAGCAUAUCUAUUC